AUGUCAAAGGCGUUCUCAGUGUUCAAGUAUGCGAGUGGCUAUAGCACAAGUAGUGGAAGUACAUUUCAUGGUUUUAUUGUUUCAAUAGCAUUAGUUGAUAAUCUUCAAAUGAAUUUUCAUUCACCAUCAGAACAACAAUUGACAGAUAGAGCUGAGAGUUUUUGUAAAGCAUUAGAAGGACGUUGGGCUCUCGGGGAUUGUGGAAAUUCUGUUAUAGUUUUUGUUUGGAGACAUUAUAAAAACACGGUGAACGUAAAGCAAUUCUUGCUCGAGUAA